GAAAACUAAUUUGUUCUUAUUUAGAAAAAUAAUCAAAGGAUGAAAUUAUAUUCUCAUAAAAAUUAGAUUUAGAAAACAUGGUUUUAAAUACUCAUUACAUUCUAAUUCUUGAUGAUUCAGGUUCAAUGAAAGGGCAAAAUUGGACAAACGCCAAAAAUGGAGCAUUAAAAUGCAUAAAAUCAAUCAUGAAUCAAACCUUGGCUAAAAUUAGUGUAAUCAUUUUCAAUUAAGAUGCAAGAAUAGUUGUUGAAUGUUAAAAACCGGUAUUAUAAGAAAUUUCUAGAAAAAUUUAGUAUAAAGGAGGAAACACCUAAUUUGAACCUCCAUUUUAGAAGGCCCUAACAUUGAUUGAAAAAUAUCAAAAUUUUGAUAAGUAAGAAAUUAUCAAAUUUUUAGAAUUUAAAUAUUAUUUUACACUGAUGGACAUGCUGGCUAUCCUGAAAAUAUAAUCAAUUAAUUCAAUCUACUACCUGUAGAAAUCAGAUAAAUAAUUAACUUAGUGGCUUGCUCAGGAGAAACAAUAUCUAAUUCAUUGGCUCUUAUAAUAGAGAAAUUUUAAACUCAUAUGCAAAAUGCUGAACUCAGAAAUGCUGUCUUGCCUGUUGAUUUGUCAACCGUGUGGACAGAAGUAGUAAGUUAAAAUUUCCAUAAUUAAUUAGUAUGAGUCAUUUAUUCAUAUAUUAUCACAG